AUGCCUCCAAUCAAGAAGCGGCCUUUAAGAUUAUACUUAUCGGCCGCCGAUGAGUCCAUUGGAACUCUAUUAGCUCAGAAUAAUGAAUGGGGGAAAGAGCAAGCCAUCUAUUAUCUAAGUAGGGUGCUCACUCCAGUGGAAUGUAGGUAUACUUCCAUUGAAAAGUUGUGUCUUUCCUUAUACUAUGUAGCUAUGAAGUUGAGAACUUAUAUGUUGCCAGUGGCCGUGUAUGUAAUCUCUCAAACAGAUUUGAUUAAGUAUAUGCUUUCCAGGCCUUUGAUCACUAGACGUAUUAGAAAGUGGUCAUUGGCCUUAAUGGAGUUCUCCUUGAAGUAUAUUCCACAAAAGGCAGUCAAAGAAAGGGCGGUAGCAGAGUUUCUAGCAGAUCAUCCAUUUACUAAGAUAGAUUCAGAAAUAUGUGAUGAGGUGGAUAAUCUCUACCUUGACUAUACACCUUGGACUCUUAUAUUUGAUGGAUCAAGCACUCAUGAUAGAGGUGGAGCUGGAAUAGUCAUCAUUUCUCCGAAAAGAAGGAAAACCAAAUUUUUUUUCUUCUUGGAUUUCAAGUGUACAAACAACCAAGCUGAGUACGAGGCAUUAAUUAUUGGGCUAGAGAUUCUGCUAGAGCUAAAGGUGGAGAAGGUACAGAUUAUUGGAGAUUCUAACUUGAUACUUAGCCAAUUAUCUGAAGAAUAUAGAUGUCUUAACUGGCGUUUGAGGCCUCUCCAUUCUUUGGCCUUAGAGUUACUUUGCCAGUUUGAUGAUUUCCAACUCAAAUAUUGGCCUAGAUAUUUAAAUACAGAGGCUGAUGAUCUAGCACAAUUAGCCUCUCGAGUGAAAGUCCCACCGGGUGUGGAAGAAGCUCUGAUCACAGUUAAAAGAAGAACUCUUCCUUCGGUAGAGUUACGGUAUGAGAUGGCAAGUCAUUUCCAAUCUGAAGAGCCAAAAAAAUUCAAACCUGCUAAUAAGCCAUGUGAGGUUUUCAAUAUUGAUAUAGAUGGAUUAGAUUUGGAUGAUUGGAGAACACUAAUUAUCCAAUUCUUGCAAGAGCCUAGCUCCAAGGUGGACAAGAGAAUUCAGCUUUUGGCGCCACAUUACAUUCUGAUUGAUGGGGACCUCUACAAGAAGAGUAAAGAAGAUGGACUUUUAUUAAGAUGCCUUGGAAAGGAUGAAUCCAUGAGGGUAAAGGCGGAAACACACCUUGGAAUAUGCGGAGCACAUCAAGCUGGAAUCAAGAUAAGGUGGCUCCUUAGAAGGUAUGGUUAUUAUUGGAAAGGCAUAUUGAAAGACUGUAUAGAGUUUGUCAAGACUUGUACGACAUGUCAAGAAUAUGGCCCGAUCUAA